AUGGUUGAUUCCCAUCAGCAAGAUAUCGCGCUGGGGAUUGUGGUCGCGUUCCCUGUCCUAGGAGGAAUUUCGAUUAUUCUAAGAUUGUGGGCACGGUAUUUGUCCAGAUCUCAGUUGACGAGUGAUGAUUAUUUGAUCACUGCGGGCUAUAUCCUCGCCAUCUCGCAGUCGGUCACAUCAUGGUACUACAUCAAGGCCAACUAUGUGGGAAUCCACGAGUGGGAUAUCCCGAAGGAUUAUAAUGAACGACAGGGGUUAAUUUGGAACUAUGCCAAUCAACUCCUCUACAACCCAUGCCUUACACUAAUCAAAGUCUCGAUUUUACUCUUCCUACGUCGACUGGAAUCGCAAUCUCGUCUGGUGAACACCUUGAUCUGGACAUCCUUGGGUGUUGUCAUCGGCCUAUUCACCGCCGUCCUAUUUGUGGACAUUUUCCAGUGUCUACCCAUCAGAUACAACUGGGAUCUCUCGAUUGAUGGGAAAUGCAUCCAGCAGGGUGCUUUCUACGUCUCCACCGCUGCACUGAAUCUUUUCACCGAUCUACUGGUGAUUUCAAUCCCAAUAAUCAUCACAUGGCGCCUGCAAAUGCCACUACGACGAAAGCUCGCCGUAUGCUUAAUUCUCUGUCUUGGUGGAGUUGCAACUGCCAUCGGUAUUUGGCGCAUCGUCAUCCUCGCAGAAGCCUACUUCCCAACUCACACGGUUAAAGACCCCACAUACUCCAUCGGAUUCUGCAGUUCUGCCGUUGAAGUCAACGUCGCCGUUAUAACAGCCUGCGCGCCCUCUUUGAAAGCCAUCACAAGCAAAUACCUUCCUCAUCUACUUGGUACAUCUCGCAACGGGAAGUCCGGCUACUACGGAAAGUCGAGCUAUGGCCCUGGUACAUCAGGUGGUUCGAAACCUCGAAAGUCAAGAAUGUUCUCCAGUCAUAAAUCGCAGCAGAUCCACUCGCAUAAUGAUGAUGGGUAUGAGAUGGCGGAUCCACGGGGUGGGAACACGGUCAAUGUUGGUACGGGGGAUAAGUUCGAUAUGCGGAAGUAUAGGCGCAAUGGUGAUAGUCCUUCUAUCUCGAGUGGAAGUGAGGAUGGUGUGACUGGCAUUGUGAAGACGACUGAUGUUGCUGUACAUUAUACGGUUCAAAAUGUGCCAUCUAUUGAGGGUGCGCGGUCGCGUGAUGGGAAACAUGCCAGUGUGGAUAGUUUGGUUUAG